AUGACACGGAAGAAGAAGAGGAAGCAGAGAAAAACCGUAGCAUGCGACGACUCAGACAUCGAGGAAGUACAUCCUGCCUCUAUUUUCAAGACACCUCGAAACCCUCGAGCGACGUUCGAAGGCCUCCCAACUGAAAUGCGCCUUCAGAUCUACGAUUACCUACGCGACUUGUUACACAUCCACGUACGCAGACGUGUAAAGACAAAGAAAGAAGCUUCGUCCCAAGCCAGAAAGCCGCCGCCUUUCGUAUGGUAUCCCUGCCGCCGUACCAAUCCGAACACGCGGCUGCUAUGCGCGAAUCCCGAGUGGUCAGGCAUGUGCAAAGAAGAAGAUCGUUGCAGCUACGAAGCCGACUCUCCAGUCGAGCCCCGAGGACCCUGGGCCCUCAUAGCAUCCAACAAGGCCAUCCGCAAUGAAGCCAAGGAGCUUUUCCUCCGUGACACCGUCUUGUCAGUCAAUUCGCAGGACCUACAUCCCUGGUUGAACCAUCUGGUCAGACAUGCUCCGCAGCGCAUGAAUCAUCUGCAUCAUAUCACUCUUACUGGCCCGAACGAAUGGGAUAGCACGUAUACGGGUCUUGUGCGAUUGUUACAAGAAUACGUACCGAAUCUCGCAGGGCUUGGAUUCCAGUUCUAUACUCACGGCUGUUCUUCAAUCGACAUACAUCAGGUAUCUCAAAACUCAACCCGCAUGGAGCAGGUUGAGUGCAGGAAUUGGCUGGUUUCGAAUAUGAUGUCUCAAUUCGAAUAUCCUAUCGCGUUUGCUCUGGAGGCCAUCAUAUGGCAUAAAACGGGUCCAUCGAAACGUCUUGCUAUCCGAAUGAUUUCGCAGGACAGCGAAGAUGGCGAGGACGAAGCUGACGUGUAUGUUGACAUCGAUGACCCGGGGAAAUGGGCGGAGAGGAGCCUGCAGGCGAAAUGGCGAAAGUUUUGGCAGAAGGAGAACUACGAAAGGGCACUGAGCAGUGUGGUUUAG